AUGCGUCAGGAACCUCGACAAUCUAUUGCCGAGUUUCAUGCUCAGUCGAUCAAACUUUUUGCUGCAUAUCGAGACCAUCGUCAGUUUAUGUACUUUAUGAUGCAUAUCCGGGACGAAUUUGAGAAUACUCAAGCUUCCUUGUUACAUCGCUCUUCUCUUCCUACACUUGAGGUUGCUCUUGCGGAGCUCAUUUCUGAGGAGACACGCCAACAAACUCGUCGGGCUCAUUCUACAAAUAUGGUUUUAGCUAUUGCUCCGUCUAGUUCCUCUACUCAGGCUACUCUUGCUGCAGCUGUUGCAUCUUCUAAACCGCGUCGUUUCCACGGCCAGUGUCACUAUUGUAAGGAAGAUGGUCACCGUAUUUCCGAUUUUCCUAAGAAGAAGACCAAGGAUGCUAGGGAUGCUCUCAAGACUAAGGCCUCUUACUCUUCCAAGCCCGUUGUUGCUGUCUCCACCAGCUACUCAAUUUCUACUCCAUCUUUUGUGCCUCCUUUGUCAUCUCUUUCUAUAGCUGACCUUGAGGCAAUUAUCACCCAGGAUCCGAAGACGGGCCAACUUGUUGGGACCGGGCGAAAAGUUGGUUGCCUGUUCGAGCUCACAUCUCUGCAUUUGCCUCAUUCGUGUUCUCCUCCGUCUUUUUCUGCUGUAGUGUCUUCUAGUGUUUGA